AUUUUUAAGGGUGUACAUUUAAACGUGAAGUGACGUCAUUUGUUUUCGGACAGAUAGGAAAAUAACUUCCUUAUUAUUGGUGCGGAUAAGUCAGCCUUACCUUAUAUUUUCUAAUAAAAAGGGUUUUUCCCCUGAAAUAAUCGCCUAUUCGCGACGACCCUCAAGUGCCCAGGCUCGCGUUUUCACCCGUACCAGUCCGACAACUCGCGAAAAUCGUGUAAAAUUGUGGAAAAUUCCGACUUUUUUUCGAUUCCCCCCCCUCGGGACGACUUGUUUUUAUCCCUCCCCCCACGGGCUCCGUACGGACUCGGAUUUAAACGAUGUUUCUUAUCGAUUCGGGUCAAAUACUGGGAUCCAGCGUCCGAAAAUCUAGGCUCUGGCCUUUUUAAAACAAAUCGAAAAAUAUUCAAGAAAGGAAAAGCCGUCGGGCAGUGUCAACACCCGUACGAGUCGUUAUCGAUAAAAGGAGAAGCCCUCGUCCACGUGAGUCGACAAAAGUGCUCUUUUCCAAUGGAAUUCAGUUCAAACCCCCUGCCAGACGAUAACGUGUAAAAUAAAUACUAUUCGUUAUUUUUCUUCAAAAGAAAAGUGAUUUGUGAUCAGAUACAGAGUGGUGGUUUCAGUAUAAGCAUCUUUUUUUUUACUAGAAUGAUAUAAACACAGAUGUUGCCAGUAAGCGGUAACUGGAACGUGAAUCGAAUCCGAUUGAACGAAACCGACAAAAUAAUGUCAGAUCCGAUGUACUCAGGCGAUUUGUUUCUUGACGGUCUAACGAUCAAGUCGGAGCCGAUGUCCAUCGACACCCUGGUCUGCCCAACGAACACUUCAGCGAGUGUUCCCAUUCCGUCGAGGCGGAUGGUUGAUUUUACUGAUUUGAGAGAUGGCUUUGAUUUCAAUGAGAUAUCACCUUGUAGCAGCUCUCUGCAAGACACGAAUCUAACCGGCUCCAGCCUUUAUUCAACAUCGGUCUGGAGCCCGAAAUCAGAUGUGAAAAUGGAAGACGAUGAUAUUUUUCAGGUUGACAAAGCUGAUCUUAUCCAAGGUCCUACACUUGCGGAACUGAAUGCAAACGACGAGACCCUUUUGGAUGAUUUAAGCUUUGACGAUAUACUCCUCCCAGAGGAGAGUUUGUGUUAUAUACAAGUACCUAACUCAUUAUCGAAAAUCUAUACCAACACACAAGUUCAGCAGAGUUCGACGCCGAUCGCGAUGUCAUUUCCACCGGACGGCGGUACAAGUGGUUUUUAUAGGGAUUUUACACCUCUUCUAAACAGGCAGAAGGAGGAGCUUUCUCCAAGGAGCCAACAUUCUUCUACAUCUUCUUUACUCCAAUCUGCAACACCACCUCCUCAGACUGAAGCAGUCAGCCCUAUACCACCUAACAAACAGCACCCUAAAACAAUUCAAGACCUCUUGAAAAACUCCUUGUCUCCCUCACCACAACCAGUUUUAGGACAGUCUGUUCCUGGCAGGUAUAACGCUUCACUUUCUGGGGCGAGCAGCGGUGGCAGUUCAUCUGGUGGUGCUCCAAAACGGCCACACGUUUCGAGGCUUUCUUCAUCUGCUCCGACACACUCUGGGCUUGAAAUUUGGCAGAGACGGGAGCCGAGACAACACCUUCUUUCUACCGGCUCUCUAGCAGAAGCGACAUCAACAUCAUCUAUUUCGACUGCUGGAAUUCUUAGUCCUGACAGUCACGAUUUUUCAUUAGAUGAGUGUUUCGAUUCAGAAGACGACAGUGAUCACGAAGACGAUUAUUCUUCUGAUGCUCAGUCUGAUAGCGAUGGGGAAGGUGGUAGUACUAGUUCAGGGAAAGCGGCUAAAAAAGAAAGGUUCUUUUGGCAGUACAAUGUACAGGCAAAAGGCCCCAAGGGUCAGAGGCUAGUUUUGAAAACAAAACAAGAGGAUCCUCACCAUCUCAAUGAGGUCACAGAUCCAGUAUUCAGCCCUCAAUGUUCAGUUCAAGGAAUAAAACAUAGUGGAAAAGCGAGGAAAGGAGAUGGGAAUGAUUUAACACCCAACCCGAGGAAACUUCAGGUCAUUGGUAAAGAAUUGGACAAGCUGAACAAGAUCAUCAAUGAUAUGACCCCUGUAAGCGAACUUCCGUUUAGUGCAAGACCUAAAACAAGAAAAGAGAAAAACAAACUCGCUUCAAGGGCUUGCCGUUUAAAAAAGAAAGCUCAACAUGAAGCCAAUAAAAUCAAACUGUGCGGCCUUGAAUGUGAACACAAGAGGUUGAUGAACGGUAUUAGUCAAAUGAAAAAUUUGUUAAUAUCGAGAACUUCUGAAAACCCACCUGACUCUGCUGAAGUAAAAGCUGCGACUGAGAAGAUAAUCAAAUCUGCUACAAAAGUGAAAAUUGCUGGUCAAACAACCGAAUUUGUCAACAAAGUGCUUGACAAAGUUAAACAAGGUGUGUCACACGGAGGCCUCGACGAUAUGGUGUAAGUCUCCCUUAAAGUCGAAGAAAUGUUUCUAUUUAUACCUCGUAUUACCAUUUUAAAUUCUAGUUAUUUAAAGACCUUAUUUUUUGCCAGUUGAUUAGAAUAACAUUUAUCUAAUUGAUAGUAGUCUUUAGAUUUGCACUUAGGUUUUAAUUUACUUUUCUUUGUUGCCCAGUCAGAAAUAUGUGUUAAUUAUUGCUUAUUGUUUUAGAUAUAAUUAUUUUUGUGCCAGAUUUGUUUAUUAUAUGUAUGAUAAUUUUUUCUCGAGUUAUGGCCAAGAUUUUGUUGUUUUUUGCCCCACUUUGGCUAUUAUUAAGUAAGACCAAAAUUAUCAAUAUAAAUGAUGUUUGUAUGUGUUUGUUAACUUACUAGUGUUUUGCAUGUUAACAAAUAUAUUUAAUGUUCAUCGACUCACUUAACAUAAAUAGACACGUCAUUAAGUAGAUGUGCUUCCGACAAUAUGUUUGAAGAUGUAAUCUAUUAUGCUGUAUUUAGUUGUGGUCCGUCGAAUCAUAAUUUCAACGACCAAAUAAUAUUUAUUUUUACUAAUUUCUCAUUGAAUUAAUUGAUAUCGGGCUGUGCCCAACCGUCCGGACAUUUUAUUUCUCCUAAGAAAAUUUCCAGAAAACUAAUUAUUUUCUCAGGACAAGAUAAGGAUGGUGGUAAGAGGGCCUAUAUUCUUAAUUUUCAGUUUCUCCUGAGUUUAGAUGUUUUUUUUUCUGUUUUAACCAAAAUACCUUCUUAGAUUUUUAUUAGUACUUAAAUUUUAUGCCAACAGUUGGAAAGAUUUAAAAACCAUAAAAUAGUAGUCUACUGUAAAUUUUUCCUUUUUUAAUAACCUAAAUAAUUGGUAAACAUUUUCUCGCU